CUUCCAGAAAUUCAGAAUGUUGGCACCAGAAGCGGAUCCAGUCCCAACCCCAGUACCUCCCUAUUCAGAACUGAUAUUCCCAUAAAUCAUCCACUGAGACCUCUCCUCGAAGCUUCCCUCAAUUCUAUUCUUCAAGCCGUCUCCACCAGGACCCUACAAUCUUACCUAACAGCUUGGAAGUGCUUUAAAGCAUUUCACUCUGCCUACAACCUGCCAUUCCCCGACUUUUCCUUGCUCGCCAUCACCUCAUUCAUCUCUCACCUUAACAUCAACAAAAACCUACAAAUCAGCUCCAUUAAGAGUUAUCUAAGUGGAAUCCAAUUUUUCCACAAACUCUUAUACGGUUCACCCUCACCCCAGAUAGCCAAUUCUCAGACCUCCCUACUCAUCAAAGGUAUCCAAAGAGCCCAUCCCACCCGCCCAGACACCAGGCAACCCAUAACCUUACAAAUAUUGACCAAAUGCAUUUCUACCCUCCGCAGAGGUUAUCAUUCCAUUCACACCGCCCACACGCUCGACGCUAUGUUCAUCCUGGCUUUCUUUGGUUUUCUCAGAUGCUCUGAGCUCACUAUCACAUCUAGCUUCAACCCAAAUACCCACCCCACUAUUUCCGAUCUAACAGUGCUGGAUGAUGAAACCAUCUCUUACUUCAUCAAGCAAAGUAAAACAGACCAGACCAGGAAAGGCCAUUUCAUUUUUAUUUUCAACCUCCAAUCACCCAUACUACCAUACCAGGCCCUCCUAGCCUUCAUCCAGCUCAAGAAAUCACAGUCCAAACUCCCAUCCGACCCCCUUUUUACAGAUGAUUCCAACCGUCCCGUCACUCGUUUCUGGUUUCAAAAGCACCUUAAAUCAGUUCUGCUCCUAUCCGGUAUCCCAGCUGAUAAUUUUUCCAGCCAUUCAUUUCGAAUUGGCGCGGCUACCACAGCGGCCCAAAAAGGCCUCUCCCAGCAGCAGAUACAAGCACUCGGUCGCUGGUCGUCAGAAGCUUUCAAGAGCUACAUUCGAUCUGACCGCUCCCACAUCAAGGAAGCUCAACGAACCCUCAUCGGCCAACCCCUUUAAAAUGUCAGUACAGCCCCAUCCACUCAAGACCAGCAGUGCCCGCCCCGGCAGGUGCUUUUCUAUAUUUCCCCACUGCCGCAGCAGUACCCGCUCCCGCAGGAGCUUCCAUAUUUCCCCACUGCCGC